AUGCCUACUUCUCCUUCUCAACCUGCGGCCGCGAAUGGGGUCGGCAUGGCGCCUCAAAACCAUGAGGACGAUUCCAUCUCACCUCCAUCUCUUGCCUCCACGGGCCGCCAGAGCACCUUGAUCACACCAAGAGUCCCAUUGAUCCCCGGAUGGAUGAAAUUGACUCCUCUAGACCAAAUCGAGAGUCGAUUCAUAUUGCCAUUGGUGCUGGUUUUCAACAUGUCCUCACCGGCUCUUGGGCGGCUCGUACUGCGAGACUUGGAGACAAGUCUUGCCAGCACCAUCGGGGAGAUGCCGUUUUUGGCGGCAAAUGUUGUGCCGGACUGUGAAGAGCAGGGCACGAUCCAACUAGAAAUCUCGGAUGACGCUGGCGUCUGGUUCCACUCCCAGGAGCUGCCGGAAAUCGAUUACUAUGCACUCGAGCGCCGCGAGUUUCCGCCUGGCGAAUUCCCCCUCCUGGCUUUGAUGCCGGAGCCUCGCGUUCACCACGCAGAGCAAAGUCCCGUCCUCACUGUACUUGCAACGUUCAUCGCCGGCGGACUGCUGCUGACGUUCAACAGCCACCACUCUGUCAUGGACGGUGCCGGGAUGCUCACCUUGGCCACGACGUUUGCAAAGCACAUGGCGGCGCUGUCCGGCGGUCGCUUCAUCGCGCCCGGGGAUGCAUUUCCAGAGGAAGCUCUCGACCGAUCAAACGUGUUUGGGUGUGGCGGCAAGGAAGUCGGCGAUUUCCCCAACUAUCGCCUGAGUCAAACGUACCGAUGCGCCAUGGAACGAGAGCUGGUCGAGGCUGCCGUUUCCGGGCACCACCCCAGGCUCCCGCUGUUGCAGAAACUCAGCCUUUCGCACUGGUUCAUCUCGGCGGAGUCGAUGCGCGCCAUGAGGGACGCUGCACUGCCGCCGUCCGAGGGACUGCCCUUGUUGACCGACAACACGAUCCUGUGCGCGGUGCUGUGGCGUCACAUCUCCCGAGCGCGUCGGCUAUCGUGCCGGGGCAUCGUUGCGAGCUCCUUUGUCAACACGGUCAAUGUUCGGAGGCGGCUGGAUCCCCCGCUGCCGUUGGAAUAUCCCGGAAAUGCAGUUGUCCACGCGAAAACGUCGGCCGCCACCGCUGACGUGGAGUCGACCGAGCCCGGGAUGCUGUACAAGAUGGCCAGGCAAAUCACCGACGCGAUUGAGUGGUGGACGUCGGAGCGAAUUUGGGAGCUGGUUGGGGCCAUUGAGUCCAGUGCAAUGGUGAACAAGGUCGAGCCAAGCAUGGACAACUUCCAAGGUCCCGACCUCGAGGUCACCAGCACUGCGGCCAUGGGAGACAUUUAUCGUGCCGAAUGGGGUUCGGGGCUGGGGAGAAUCAGAGCGUUGCGCUAUGCGUACCUGCCCAUCAAGGAUGGCUGGGUCAACGUGUUGCCGCAGAGAACGGAUGCGGGACUAGAGCUGCUCAUGUGUCUGGAGAAGAGUACCUUGAGGCUCUUGAGACAGGAUGAAGAGUGGCUCCGGCUGGCCAGGGAGAGUCGAUGA